CUCUCUUUCGCACUCUAUACUGGCCGGUCGCAGUCACAUAUCAUUGUAGAUUCAGAUGAGCGUGAUUGAGUAUUCAUGAGUUGGCUGGCUUCCUGAUGAUCAUCUCUUUUCGCACCAAGAGCGGACAGAGGUUUCUGCUAAACGAUCAAGCGCUGCUCAGUGCCUCUCACAAGCUUAGUUCAUCUUAUUAACUAUACGCGACCACGCAAAAUAGCGAAAAGCGUUAUGAGUCAAUUUGCGAUGUCAUUUGGGCGUUUCAUAUGUGCUCAAUGCACUAGACGGCUCAGCCGCGUAGAUCGAUCCUUCAAGUCAUUGAGCAAUCCCAUAUACUCGCCAAUUAUGCCAACAUCACAGCUCUCACAAAAGCUCAAUACUUUCUUCCUCGCACACUAUUACAGCACUCGAAAAGUAGCCCGCAUAUCGACAACACGGGAUACAUUCGCCAAGGUGCGCUUUACGCGUGACGAUAUACCGCCACAAUGGUUCUGGGAGAAAGCCAAGGAAAUGCCAGGCGCAGAUUUAAGCGCCAAUGAAUACCAGAAAGCAGCAGAAUUAUACGUAAACAUGGCGCUGAAAAACACACCCCAAUGGCGACAACGGUUCAUCGCCGUCGAUGACAGCUCGCCUCCUGACAGCGGCCAGGGCAAAGCCCUCUCGGCGCACAUAUUACACUACGUUGCAUUGAUGCUCGUGAUGACAAGGACCUCUUCAUCCAAGACGGCCGGGCAUCUGGCUAUGCACAUCCUUCAUUCUCUUUCAGGCCUGGGGUACGCGCCAAGCACACUCACUAUAAUGCGUAUGGCGUUGGCUCGGAACUUAUUGCGUGAGCCGCAAUUUGAGCCCGCUGUAGAGAAGUUUGAGCGCAUCCUAAAGCGCAUCGGCGACGGCAGCAAUAGUAGCUCCGAUUACGAAGUUGGCGAGGGCGACUAUGCGGCUGACGCCUGUACACUGCGCGCCAUGAUGUAUGAGAGAGAGGACACGCGCGAGGGAGACAUCAGCGCGCUCCGAUGGUUUCGCCGAGCGUACGAACUCGGGCAAUCGACUGCGUCAACCACCGACCAUGCGCAUUCAGAGGAAAAGCAGGACGUAGAUACUAGCACGGCCUUGCAAGGGGAUAAAAACGCAUACUUCAACCCUCACUGGCAAUGGAAAGUGAGCUUCGCCCUCGGCGUCGGCAGGAUCCGCAUGCGACGUGGCGAGACCGAGAAGGCCAAAGACAUGUUCACAAUGGCAUCUUCCGAACUCGACAACGCAGACGGGUACUUGGCGAUGGCAGACGUACUAGAGCAGAUGGGCGAGGCAGAUACCGAGAAGUAUCUCGAGUCUGUCGAGAAAGCGGCCAUCAGUGGGAAGAGAGAGGCAGCACGUAAACUGGGACUAAGAGAGUGGGACAGGGCGACGGAGAGAGGGUUGAGCAAGUGGGAGAAGAGAAAGAGACAGGCCAUGGCUGAAGAAUGGAUGGCCAUCGCUGAUUCCGCAGCCCCGGCAGAAGGAACAGUAUAAAUGGUCGGGUGAUACACAACCCAUAGUUUCGUCGAAUCAGUGUGAUUCAAACCGCGAGCGGGCUAAUAUCAUGUAUAAGUUAUAAUAACUGUCUAGCUUGCUUUGGAGCCGCCUGGUAUACAAACUCUACAAUAUACCUGCAACGAUCAAAAGUUGUAAAAACAACCCAAGUGUAAUCUAUCUCUACCAACCUCUACGUCAUAUAAACGCUACAAACUGAACGGUAUUGAGUCUUUUCACGCAGACCAAUUAACAUCCCUACUUACCAGUCACAUCCCACGCAUUAAUAUUCGAAGAGGCUGAGUUAGCCCUGCAAACUUAGGUAGUCCACAGACCCAAACACGUCGCAGUCACGGGCGUGGCUUUUAUACCAACGACUA